AUGUAUGGUGAUUUAGCUAAUAAGUUGAUUAUAGAAGCUAAGAGAACAGAACAAUUGACUCAAAAAUACCUUGAUGCUGCAUUAAAUUCUGAUAAUGGUGGGAUAAGGAAUGAUUUCAAUGGAAAUGAGACAAUAAUACCAAUGUAUAACGACGAGUUAAUAUAUAAUAUUUUAAAAGAAGUGAAUCAAUUGAAACAGAAUACGGAAUAUUUACAACACAUUAAACAGGAAGAAGAGGAGACAAAGGAUCAACUCAAGGAUGUCCUGUCUGGUCAUUCAAAUGACAAAAUAAGAAAAUGUCAGUAUUUUGUGAAUCUGUUAUGUCUGGAGAGAAAUAAAAGAUGUCUGAUGGCAUAUCAAAGGAUGAGGAGUGACAUCAUUGAUAAAAUGGUUUGGAAUGGUCUUAUAGGAAGCAAUAAUAUGUAUAAUAACGGUUCUAAAAGGUCUGGUUAUAAUGAAUUAUCACAUUAUGAACAAGAAUACAUGAGUCAAUAUAAAAACCUUAUAGAUGAAAUGAAUAGUGAAAGUGAGUUAUGGUCUUCAAUAGAGAUAAUGGGGAAUAUGAACCCACCUAGCGAUAUAUUUAUUGAUAUCAGAGUGCUAAAAGAUAUUGGUGAGAUUCAAACAGAGUAUGGAACAUUUAAUUUUGUCAAAGAUUCACAAUUCUAUGUUAGACAAAGUGAUGUAGAAAGAUUAAUUCAACAGGGAUAUGUUCAAAAGAUAUGA